AUGUUGUACAAAGCCAUUGACAAGCGCAAGGCCAACGCGGUAGAGCUUCUUAUUGACUUGGGCGUGAAUGUCAAUCAACUAUCAUCUAAAACUGACAGUAAAGAUCCCGUCUAUCUGCCGUUAGCUUUUGCAGCAAGAAGGGGAAACGAAGCCAUCGUCAAGCUACUGAUCGGAAGAGGAGCAGACAUUCAUGCUCGAGACCACUUCGGCAACAAUGCGCUCUUAUCAGCCGCUUCAGCGGGACGGGACAAGAUCAUCGAAUUGCUGUUGAAUGCUCCACAUAAUGCUGAUAUCGAAGUUCAAAGGAUGGGUGAAGGCGAUCGCAAAGGUUACACGCCCUUGAUGAUGGCUGUGUACAGCGGCCAGCUAUCUUCGAUACGACUCCUUCUUGAUAGAGGAUCUAAUCGUGAGGCCGUCAAUGAAGCCGGGGAGCCUCUCCUUCAUAUCGCUGCUACCAUGGGAAAGCUGCCUACCAUAGAAUUUCUGUUGCAGAAUGGCUCACAAGUGAUCACAAUUAAUGACAAAACUGGUGAUACAGCGCUCCAUUGUGCAGUCCGAAAUGAGUCUUUGAGAGCGGCAACUUUUCUGAUCCAGAAAGGUCCUCUGUUGCUUGAUGUGGAGAACAAAAAGAAACAGACUCCCCUGGCUCUUGCCGUGAAAUUGAAAAAGCGAGAGAUGGUUAAUUUGCUCAUAGAAAAGGGAGCCAAGACAGACUUGGGCGAUGAUGAUUGGCGUACCCCAUUACACAAUGCGGUAAUUGCUAAAGACUCUGAAAUGAUCAGGCUCUUGGUUGAGCGAGGCACGAAAGUUGAGUCACUUGACAAGGCCGGAAGGACACCACUCUAUCACGCAGUCAGAACCGAAGACCCGGCCAUAGUUGCAAUGCUACUCUUAAGUGGAUACAAGAUGGAUGUCAAGAACAGGUCCGGUCGGUACCCAUUGCAAUAUGUCAUGGAAAUGCCUCCAGCGAAGGAGUCUCGAGCAGUUUCCUUGCUCGGCGAAUUCCUCAAGGUACAUGAGAAGGGAACUACUUUCCACAAUGACUAUCAUGCAUUACCCGUGGCAGCGCGAAAAGGAAAACUGCAAUUCGUCAAGGACAUGCUCAACAAUGAUCCCGAGCUCGUUCGCUGGAGACCCGCAGCAAUAAGUGGGUUCCUACCACCCAUACAUGAAGCCGUCAAAGCAGGAAAAGAAGAAGUCGUCAAAGAGCUGUGCGCUUCUAGAAGCUACACGUUAAAUCCAAACGCGAGAGAUCGUCAAGGAAAUACCGCUUUACAUCAGGCUAUCCUCAACAAUCAGAUAUCACUAAUCUCCUUACUAAUCGAGAAAGGGGCAGAUAAGGAGCUCCUCACUGGCCAAGCAGAAGGGGCUUUACCUCCCCUCCACCUUGCAGCCCGAGAGCAGAACAAGAAAGCGGUAGAGGCUCUUCUUCAGAUAGGAGCAGAUUGCAAAAGACGGGUAACGAACGUUGCUCCGUGUGAGAAAUGCCGAGCCUUAAGGUGGACUCCGACCGGAGGAAAUGCGAGGUGUAUUUUGAUCAAUCUCGAACCCCGCCUUAGGAAACCUGACUUUCAAGAGCUCGACAGGCUGCUGUUCAAUGCUGUCAAUGCAAGGAAUUAG